AUGGGGGAGAAGCAGGCGAAGGACGCGGCGGCCGUGGCCGCGGGCGCGGGGGACCAAGACGACGGCACGGCGCCGGCGCCGCCGCUGGACGGCAUCCAGUACUGCAGCGAGCACCCCUACCGGCCCGCGACCGCCGCCGCGGCGGCGGCGGUCGCCGGCGGGGGGAUAUGCGCCUUCUGCCUGCAGGAGAAGCUCGGCCGCCUGGUGUCCUCCUCCAAGUCCAGCCCUUUCUUCCCGCUCGGCGGCCACCCGCCGCCGUCGGGGUCCCCGUCGUCGCCGCCGUCGUUCCGCCGCGCCACCGAGCCCCUGGCGCCGCCGCUCCACCCGUCCGGCGGCGCCUCGCGCAAGUUCAUGUCGUUCCACCGGAAGAAGACGCCCUCGUCGUCGUCGUCCUCCGCCGCCGUCUCCGUGGGGGGAGGCGGGCUGAAGCGGAGCAAGUCGGUGGCGCCGAGGCCCGAGCUGGAACAGUUCCCCUACUCGUCGGCGUCGUCGGCGUCGCUGGCGGCCGAGAGCCCGCGCAAGAAGAGCUUCUGGUCCUUCCUCUCCCUCACCUCCUCCGCCUACGCGCACCAGGCCGCCGCCUCCACGCCGUACGCCACCAAUGCGGGUGGCGCGGUCGCGCUCCGUGGGCUGCGGCAGCCGCAGCUUCUCCGGGACUUCCUGGAGCGCCUCUCCAACGGCUUCGGCGACUGCACGCUCCGGCGCGUCGAGUCCCACCGCGAGCCCAAGCCCCACAAGAUGCACGGCGGCGGAGGCCUGCACCACCUCGGCGGCGCUGGCGCAAACGACGACGAUGGCGAGGAGGACGACGUGUACGAGCACCAGCACCGGAUCAAGUGCGCGGGCUUCUUCGGCGCCCUGGGUCCCGCGUCGUCCUCCUACUGGCUCUCCGCAGCGGAGUGCGCGAGCGUCAGCAGCGGCAGCAAGAGGUCGUCCGGGCGGAGCCACCGGAGCUGGGCGUGGGCGCUGGCGAGCCCCAUGAGGGGCGCUGCGGCCGACGACGACCUCCACCUCCACCAAGACCAUCACCGUGGUGCCGGCCAGCCACGUGACCGUCCACGGCAACUCCUCGGCGUCGGCAUUGUCCAUACCAUCCCCGGCGCCACCACCGUCGUCGUCGUCAGAGGCAAAAGCAGCGGCAGCUCCAGUGGCGGUGAGUUGAAAUUCGGAGCUGGAACAUGGCCGGUUAAUCACCCCCAUCUCGUUGAAUUGCCUCGUAUAGAUCUCGUCCUCUCACCCCCCAGCCGUUCCUAG